UUAAUGAAGGAGUUCCAGCAUCUCCGGCUGGCGUGUUCCAGGACCUCCAGGUUCCAGAAGGGACUGUUGCAGUACGGCAAUGUCUGGAUGAAAACUGAACUGGCAGAGGCGGAGCUUGGCUCCCAGCCAAUUGGCAAAGAGGAAGCCGGACGGAUCAUAUGAAGAGGAGGAUUGGUUGGAAAAUGCUACAUCGAAGAGAAGGAGGAGCUCCGACCCCGAGAGCCGGGAGAGUUGGAUCUCACCGUUCCGGAGACCUCUGACCCCCCUCAUCAACCGACCCGCCUGUCUGGACAGCCAACAGCAUGAGGCCUUCAUCCGGAGUAUCCUCUCCAGACCCUUCAAGGUUCC